CGAACCAGCGAACGUCGUCGAAGCAUGUGACAAGAAUUUUGCUUUCAUUACUCGAAAUUCACAUUGUCACCGUUUUCUGCAGAGAAUUCCAUAAAAAUUCUGCGCAUAAUUUCGUCGAUCGCAAGCUAGAGUUGGGUCUUUCGAGUAUACUUAAUUACCCCAGAAAUACUCACUAAAUUAUUUUUAAUAUCGUAAGACACACGAUGCCUGAUAUCACAGAAGUUUCGAGUAACAAAGUGUUCGGAGGAUGGCAGAAAGUUUAUUCUCACAACAGUACCGAACUACAAUGUACAAUGAAUUUUGGAGUCUUCCUACCGCCGCAAGCAGAAGAAGGACCCGUACCAGUUAUCUACUGGCUAUCCGGUUUAACCUGUACGGAAGCUAAUUUUAUUCAGAAAGCUGGAGCGCAAAAGUAUGCUUCCGAACAUGGAGUAGCUUUAGUCGCACCCGAUACAAGCCCUCGUAACCUUAAUAUACCAGGGGAAGACGACGACUGGGAUUUCGGAUCAGGUGCUGGCUUCUAUGUGGACGCAACGAAGGAACCUUGGAAAACAAAUUAUAGAAUGUAUAGCUACGUUACCAAAGAACUUCCUGCUUUGAUUAACGAGAAGUUUCCAAUCUUGCCACACAAGCAGUCCGUAAUGGGACACAGCAUGGGUGGACACGGAGCUCUAAUAUGUGCUUUAAAAAAUCCUGGAUUGUACAAAACAGUGUCCGCUUUCGCGCCCAUAAGUAAUCCAAUUUCGUGUCCAUGGGGCAAGAAAGCUUUUGCUGGAUACUUUGGUGAGGCGGAGGCUAGCACCAUAUGGAAAGAUUGGGAUGCCACGGAGCUAGCUAAGAAAUACAAUGGGCCUCCUUUGGAUAUUUUAAUCGAUCAGGGAAAGGAAGAUAAAUUUUUGAAAGACGGACAAUUAUUGCCACAGAAUUUGUUAACGGCUGCAAAGGAUGCUAGGUUGUUGUUAGCCGUCAGAUAUCAAGAAGGUUACGAUCAUAGUUACUUCUUUAUAUCUACAUUCAUCGAAGAUCAUAUCAAACAUCAUGCGAAAUAUCUUAAAACAUAGUCGAAGGUAUUUUACAUUUCGUUUACCUUUUUUAUGUUACGGUGAACACUGAAGGCACACUUUUAUACGAAAAAGAAAAUGGGUUUAUACUGCGAACAGAAUUAGAAUAAACUUUGUAAAUAAAUUAUUUCCGUAAGCACGGC